UCGGGAGCCGUAGUUCUCUUGGACGCCUACCGGUAUUGCCAGCGCGGCAGUGGCGGCUCUCGGUUCCGUCCAGCGGGUUCUGUAAGGCGAGCAGAGGCGGAGAAAGGGCGCGCAACUGGAGGAGGGUGAGUCAGACACUGUCUACGCUAUAAAGGGAGGCGGCACUGCGGCACAGGGCUGAAUUAGGUAAAUGGACCCGUGCUGCAGUCUCUCCGGAGACACCGCGAUCUAGCGCCAGCGAGAAGAGGGCGAGGAGGAGCCAGAGCCCGGUCCUUGCACCCAUUCUCGCCCUCGUACCCCGCCGCCAUCUCCACCAUGCAGUCCCGGGAAGAAGCUCCGCGCUCUCGCCGCCUGGCCAGUCCUCGCGGCGGCAAGCGGCCCAAGAGAAUCCACAAGCCCACGGUUUCGGCUUUUUUCACGGGCCCCGAGGAGCUGAAGGACACGGCUCAUUCUGCAGCCCUCCUGGCACAGCUGAAGUCCUUCUACGACGCGCGGCUGUUAUGCGAUGUGACCAUCGAGGUGGUGACGCCUGGCAGCGGGCCUGGCACCGGCCGCCUCUUCCCCUGCAACCGUAACGUGCUGGCUGCCGCGUGUCCCUACUUCAAGAGCAUGUUCACCGGCGGCAUGUACGAGAGCCACCAGGCAAACGUGACCAUGCAUGAUGUGGAUGCCGAGUCCUUCGAGGUGCUGGUCGACUACUGCUACACGGGUCGAGUGUCCUUGAGUGAAGCCAACGUGGAACGCCUUUACGCGGCCUCUGACAUGUUGCAGCUCGAAUAUGUGCGGGAAGCCUGUGCCUCCUUCCUAGCCCGCCGCCUUGACCUGGCCAACUGCACUGCCAUCUUCAAGUUUGCUGAUGCCUUCGGCCAUCGCAAGCUGCGAUCGCAGGCCCAGUCCUUUAUAGCCCACAAUUUCAAGCAGCUCAGCCAGAUGGGCUCGAUUCGGGAAGAGACUCUGGCAGAUCUGACCCUCGCCCAGUUGCUGUCAAUCCUGCGCCUGGAUAGUCUCAACAUAGAGCUGGAGCAGACCGUGUGUCAUGUGGCGGUGCAGUGGUUGGAGGCAGCUCCCAAGGAGCGAGGUCCGAGCGCUGCGGAGGUCUUCAAGUGUGUCCGCUGGACGCACUUCACAGAUGAAAAUAAGGAUUACCUGGAAGGGCUGCUGACCAACACCAUUGUGAAGAAGUACUGUCUGGACCUUAUUGAAGGGGCCCUGCAGAUGCGCUAUGGUGACAAGUUGUGCAAGUCUCUGGUGCCGAAGCCAGAGACCAGCAGUGGCAGCAGCGGCAGCAGCAGCAGCAGCAGCAGCGGUGGUGGUAGCUCUAGCUCCUCUGUCGUGCCCACAGCAGAAAAUCCCCCCCAGAGGCUGGGCGUGUGUGCUAAGAAGAUGGUGAUCUUCUUUGGACAUCCUAGAGAUCCCUUUCUGUGCUGUGACCCAUACACCGGCGAUAUUUACAAAGUGCCGUCACCUCUGACCUGCCUUGCUCACACUAGGACUGUCACUACCUUAGCUGUCUGUGUCUCUCCAGACCAUGACAUCUACCUGGCCGCUCAGCCCAGGAAGGACCUCUGGGUGUACAAGCCAGCCCAGAAUAGCUGGCAGCAGCUUGCUGACCGCCUGCUGUGCCGGGAGGGCAUGGAUGUGGCCUACCUCAAUGGCUACAUCUACAUCUUGGGUGGGCGAGACCCGAUUACCGGUGUUAAGCUGAAGGAAGUGGAAUGCUACAGUGUCCAGAGAAACCAGUGGGCACUGGUGGCUCCACUACCCCAUUCCUUCAUAUCCUUCGAUCUAAUGGUAAUCCAGAACUAUCUCUAUGCUCUCAACAGUAAGCGCAUGUUCUGCUAUGAUCCUAGCCACAAUAUGUGGCUCAAGUGUGUUUCUCUCAAGCGCAAUGACUUUCAGGAAGCCUGUGUCUUCAAUGAUGAGAUCUACUGCAUCUGUGACAUCCCAGUUAUGAAGGUCUACAAUCCGGUCAGAGGAGAAUGGAGGCAGAUUAAUAAUAUUCCCUUGGUGUCGGAGACCAACAACUACCGCAUUAUCAAUCACGGCCAAAAACUGUUGCUGAUCACCUCGCGCACCCCGCAGUGGAAGAAGAACCGGGUGACCGUGUAUGAAUAUGACACUAGGGGGGACCAGUGGAUUAACAUAGGUACCACCUUAGGCCUCUUCCAGUUUGAUUCUAACUUCUUUUGCCUCUCAGCUCGUGUUUAUCCUUCCUGCCUUGAACCUGGUCACAGUUUCCUCACUGAGGAAGAAGAUGUGCCAAGUGAAUCUAGCACUGAAUGGGAUUUAGGUGGAUUCAGUGAGCUGGACUCUGAGUCAGGAAGUUCAAGUUCUUUAUCUGAUGAUGAUUUGUGGGUUCAGGUAGCACCUCAGUGAAAUGCACAGGAUCAGCAGAAUUUGUUGUAGAUAGGUUGAAACACUAAGGUGUUUUCACUGCUUUGGAAAGUGUCUUAAAGAGAUACCCUUUCUCUUUGCUGGGGAAAACAACAACAACAACAACAGGUUGAUUCAUUUCAGGUUUGGCUUAGAAAGGGUAUUGUUUGAAAUACUAACAUAAUUUAAUGUUAGGGAACUUGUACACUCAAAGAAAUCAACCUAUUUAAUAAUUUACUGUUCUAAAAGUCCAGUAUUGAUUUGAUUGUUGGGUUUGUUUAUGUUUGAUUAUACUAAUUUAGUGUUCUGUUAUUAAAUCUUAUCUUCUGUUUUGUGCCACAAGUACUGUGACUUGAAUUUUGAUUUUCACAAUAGAAAGCUGAUUGGAUAGGAAUUACCAGGUAGGGUUUGGAAAGUCUGUCUUUUCCUUUAGGACAGGGUAGAAUGUUCCAAAACCUUGGAAAGUUCCAAAACUUUAAACUAGUGGGUUAUUACAAAAUGUGUUCUAAUUUAAAUAUAGUUUGCCAGGUUUUUGUUCAGUUACCUCCCCUUUUGUGAAGAAAAAAAAUGCAUAUGUUUAAUGUGACUGGUGAUUUCAUUUGUAAUGAUGUACAACAUGGCUGUAAGCUGACUAAAAGUAAAAACAAACAAAAACAAGAUUCUACUGUUUAAAAAGAAACUUCAGUUUUAAAUUUGUACUGUAAAAUGUGUAUUUGCAAACAGUGACCAAUGUUCCAUCUGUUCUAGUAGGGUCACCAGUCAUCGAAAAACCUUAAAAAAAAAACAACAAAAAAAAUGAAACUAACUUGCUUUGUAGGUUCACGUUUUUGAUCUAUACUUGAUAUAUGCUUCACAGAAUCAGAGGAAUCAUCCUCUUUUUCACUGGACACGAUUGUGUAAAUUUGUAUCCAUUGUCUUAAAAAGUUUAUGUGAUUCUUAAAAUACUUUGGCUGUACAGUUUUGGUGUUCAUCUUAGAUUUGUCAGCAAAAUGUGAUUAUUCUUUGCUGUUUAAUGAGAUAAUAUUCGUUUUGAAAAUCUGUGUAAGCUAAGAACAGUAUUUUAUUGAGAUCAGUAGAUAUUGUGUCUAUCAACUAUAAAAUCAAGUGCCAGCAAAGAACUUUAAAACUUUAAGUUGUGUAUAGAA